GAAAGGGAGAGUGAUGCUGUUACUGAAUGUAAGAGAGAGAGAGAGAGAGAAGAGAUUAAGAGAGAGAAAGGGAGAGGUGAAAAAGCCAGAACACUCCAGUGGGAUACAGGAUCUGGAGAGAAGGUCAGAGAAAGCAAAAAGGAGUGAGAGAAAGUUGAAAAAGAGAAUAGUGAGAGAGACUUUACAUAAAAAAAGUAGGGAGUGAGAGCUAGAGAGAGAGAGAGAGAGAGAGAGAGAAACCCAAGCAAUGGCAGUGAGCAACAACAUAACGGCGGGCCUCAACUUUGUGGCCCUCCUGAGCUCCAUAGCCAUCAUCGCUUCCGGAGUGUGGCUUGCAUCACGGCAAGACAACGAGUGCAUCCGCCUGGUCCGAUGGCCGAUAAUCCUCAUCGGACUCCUCAUCUUUCUGGUGUCUCUUGCGGGCUUCGUUGGGGCGUUCUGGCGCGUCCAGUGCCUCCUCGCGGUCUACCUCGUCGCCAUGAUUAUUCUCAUCGUCCUUCUCCUCUCGUUUGUCGUCUUUGCGUUCGUCGUCACGGGGCCAUCGGGAGCCUACCCGAUUUCUGGCAGGGCAUAUGAUGAGUACCGCCUGCAGGGCUACUCGGCAUGGCUCCGCCAUUAUGUGGCCGACAACGGCAAUUGGAACCGCGUCCGGGCCUGUUUGGGUGGCUCCACUGCGUGUUCGGGGCUCCCCCUGAAGUACCUUAGUUUUCAGGACUUCAUUGCUGCGCAUCUCACUCCUUUGCAGGUCGGUGAAUUUCUUUUCCGCUCUCUGUCUCUCUCCUUUGUUGUCCCCUGUUUUCAUUGUUCUAGUCUCUCCCAAACUUUUCUCAUUGUAUCUCUUGUGGCUCUCAUUUGGGUUUACCUCAUUGCUUGCAGUGCCUUUCGCAAUAACCAGACAGAAGAGCUCUUUGAUCGCUACAAGAGGCCCUUCACCUAGUGAGAGAGAGGAUCCACAAACUUCUUGUGUUUGGAGUUCUUGUCUGUAUUUCAUAUUGUUUCUGUAACCUAAGCUCAGUAUGGACAUGGCACCCAAGUAAAUACUAGUCUCUACACUUUUGUUGAACUGCUUUUGUUUGUUUGUGAAUUACACGAAGUUUAAGCUAGUGUAACUCUUUCCCUGUAUUUCUCAUCCAUGUACAUAAGACGAUUAUGACAGCAAAAAUUAGUAGGUUUGCACUUCUUUCUC